UGAUGCGUCGAUACUAUUCGCUGACGUAGUCGGCUUCACCUCCAUCUCGUCACGGGUGCCUCCCGAGCAAGUCCUGUUGCUACUUAAUGAGCUUUUCUUCAUGUUUGAUAAUAUUGCUGAAAAACACGGCUUGGAGAAGAUAAAAACCAUUGGGGAUGCAUAUAUGGCUGCGGCUGGGCUUCCCACUCCUCAUCCCCUCCAUGCGCAUGCUGUGGCCCGAAUGGGUCUGGACAUGGUUGCUGAUGUCGGCGUGUUCUGUGAUGAUAUGGGCAACCCUCUAGCGCUGAGAGUUGGCUGUCAUUCGGGCUCAUGCGUGGCUGGUGUAAUAGGCAGGAAGAAGUUCAUCUACGACGUAUGGGGCGAUUGUGUGAAUACGGCCUCUCGAAUGGAGAGUCAUGGGGAGCCUAUGAAAGUUCAUUGCUCGGAGGCGACGGCACAGCGUAUCCAGGGGGACUUCGAACUGGUUGACCGAGGUGAUAUGUUUAUAAAGGGGAAAGGCCUGAUGAGGACCUUUUUCAUAGAGAAGGAGAUGGAGAGCACCAAAGACAGAAGCGUCCUCCCGAAUAAGAAGACGCUGGAGGAGUGGAGAGACAGGCUCUGCACGGGUGCCAAUGGCAGUCUAUGCUUGCUGGCAACUCCAGCUGCAGUAGAUCCCUGUCCGUCAGAGUCUCCUAGACGGGAUAGUCUCCACAGUUUGUCGGGGAAGGAGGUAUACCGCUCAGUGCCAGUCGAUUUGGAAAUAGGUCUGGGGUCGGGCAGUUGUUGCAACGCUGGCCAGAAGUUCAUCUGUAGAGCCGUGCCAUCUCUGUUGUCAAUGGGCAGUGGAGGGCGCUGCUCCUACUACAACCAGUCGGGCAACGGAGGCUAUCAGACGAACUACGGCAAUGGUGGCUAUCAGAAAAGCUACGGAAAUGGUGGCUAUCAAAAGACGUACGGCAAUGGGGGCUAUCAAAAGACGUACGGCAAUGGGGGCUACCAGAAGAGUUAUGGCAAUGGUGGCUAUCAGAAGAGUUAUGGUAACGGUGGCUACGGUCAGAAGCAAUACGGUAAUGGUGGUUACAGCUAUGGAAACGGUCAGGGAUUCAGAGCGGGUGGCGGCGGGAAUGGCAACACCUUCUAUAAGAAGAGUUGGAGUGGUAACAAGUUCGGUGGCUAUACGAAGCCGGCAUUGCCUAUCAACCAAUUCUAUUACACUGACAAUCAAGCUGGUGGGAAGAAUAUCCGUCUUAAGCUCGAUUUCGGUAACGUCGUGCGUAAUCCUGAGGCUUCCGGCAACAUCCCGAUGAAACUUGUUCUCACCCAGCCAGCUGUGGGGGAGACUCCGGCCAAGGUGAAUGAAUUCGCUAUGGGGUGGAAAGGCGCUGGGCAGAUCUUGGCUCUCAACUUUCGUAAUCCAGAGGCGACGUCCAGUGUAGAGACAUUGUGUGCGGCGGAGGGAUCUGCACAGGAAGCGACACAUGCCAGAAUUGGGCAGAAUAAAGGACAUCUCAUGAUUGAGGUAACUUCCCCUGAGGGAGAACCGCUCCGCUGCAGAGUUCCGCCUGCGCAAGGGGUGGCAAUUCAAGCACUGUUAAAAUUCUCCUUGCCCAAGAUGGUGCCGCGGACGACUCCAAUUGAGCCCAGUAAUGACUUUUAG